AUGCUCAAAAGAACAACCGGUCAUAGUUUAAGGCCACCUCGAACAAUACAAGGCACAAAGCAAUCUGUUCCGCCAUAUCCUAAAAAGGAAGUCAAUGGUAAUGUAAAAACUACUCACAGCAACGAGAUUAAUCAAAGAAAAGUUGGAUGA